UUCCUACUUGUGCGCCUUUCGCUAACUGGCUAUCCACUAACGUUACAUCUUAUCUUUAGUUUCGACUUCGCUGUGGCGCCGAUCGCAGGCUAGAAGUACACUGGGGCAACGAUGGUGAAGAUUUUCAUUGGGAACCUGUCCCAGCACGCCACCAAGGAUGAAGUGGAGGCUCUGUUCACCCAGUAUGGCACAGUGACCGAGUGUGCCAAGUAUAAGAACUAUGCCUUUGUCCAUAUGGAAGACCGCAAGUCGGCCACCAAAGCCAUCCGGGAGCUCCACCUCUACAAGCUGAAUGGCAGACCCAUCAACGUGGAGCCCAGCAGGGGGAAGAACCAGGGCCCCGUGAAGCUCCACAUAGCCAACGUGGAAAGGGGCUUCGAUAAGGAGCUCCGUGAGCUGUUUGAAGAGUACGGCACGGUCACAGAGUGUUCCAUUGUCAAGAACUUUGCCUUCGUGCACAUGCUCAAUUCGGAGGAGGCCAUGGACGCCCUACAGGGCCUGGACAACUCAGAGUUUCAAGGAAAGCGCAUACAUGUUCAGGUAUCAAAAAGCAGACCCAGGGGGGCACCAGAGGAGGAGGACUAUCCACCUCCGCCGGGCAGAGGAGGCUUUUAUCCUCCUCGCUUCCCAAUGGAGAGGCCCGAGCCUCCCUUCAGGGGCCGCAUGCCUGCUUACCCUCCUCCGCCCCCUCCUCCUCCUCCCCCGAGACGAGCGGCUUAUCCCGACCGUGGUUAUGGCGAGCGAGACGGCUAUGGGGUGGUCGAUUACUAUGAGAAAUUCAGAGCCCGUCCUUUCAGCGCGGCAGGCUACGACGACCGGCGCUCCGGCGCCAUCCCCCCUCCUCCGCCUCCCCCCUCAGCACUGGUUAGAGAACGUCUCGGAAUGGGGCCCCUUGACCCGUACGAGCGCCCCCCUCCUCCUCCCCCUCCGCCCUACAUGGUCAGGGACCGAAGCCCCCUCAGACGAGCCCCCCCUCCACCUGCUCCAUCAGCAGGUAAUGGGUACUCCUACGAGCGGUCCCGCCUGUCCCCGGUGUCCAGGCCCCCGAUGUAUGGCGUCCCCCGCCCCAGGGACUCCUUCUCAGAGAGGAUGCCGCCGCUGCCGCCUCCACCACCUCGAUAUGCAGGCUAUUAAGCACACAGGAGUGUAAUAGAAGGAAGGUGAGAACAGAGAGUGGAUAUUUCACGCCAUCCUAAAUCACAUUGCAGGCAUGAUUGAUAAAAUAUUCAAGAAAUAUGUGCCGAGAUGAAUUUUAGUUGAACGGCGCUUUAAACCAUCUCCAUCAGCCAGAGCUCUUAAUUCCUGCAGAUCUAGUCCAGACAACAGAUCAAUAUAUAAUCCUAAAAUAUUGCUGCUUUAACAUCAAAGAUCAGCCUUGCGCGAAUCCUGAGUAAAACGCGCUCCUUGACAUGUGUGGUGUGCUCUCUUUCCAGGUUUAGAAUAUGACAAGAUCGUCGUUGUCUGCUGAUGCACGUGGCGCUAUGCAUUCCCCUCGUCUAUGGCGGAUUGCGUUGCGUUCGCCUGAGACUUACUGGAAGAUACUGUAUUGCGGACAGCCCCCGUACUUAAAAACAUACGAUACCAUGUCUACAGUUCACGUAUUCUUCUGAGCUGUUCAUGCCUUUUUUGUUCCUCUGCUUGUUUUACUGUUCAAAUCCUUAAAAAAUGUUUUGCAGAAUAGCUGCUUAGUCUCUUUCAGUGUGACACAGUACUGUUAAUGGCCAAAUAGACUGACUCUGCUCUUCAAUCUUUCUAAAUGGAUAUGGCCUCUGGGAAACUGUGACAUAAUUUCAUAACAAGGGAAGUCAUUUAAAUGAAAAUAUAUGUAGUCUUUGUAAACAAAAUUAUUGUGUUCAGACUUAAGAUUGUUGGUUGAUGACAUCCAGUGCUCAUCAAAUUAAGUUUAAAAAAAAAAAAUUGUCAGUGUAGAGGUGCUUUAAUAUAAUACUUGGUGUGGCAGGUUGUACAGAAAUCUCUAAGAUUUGCGACACAUGUUAGCAUGACAAAUCAGAAGUUCCAGUGUGGUUUUCUUUUUACACUUUGUGUUACCUUUUUUCUUGCGAAAAUAGAAUCUAUAGCACCGUUAUGUAUGAUUUUAUUUACUUUACAAGUUGCUUUUCAUUUGAAGGCUUUUUAAUAAACAAAUGAAACCAAAAACGACGUUUUAACUGUGAAAUUAUUCCUCGUUUGGUAGGCCUUUUACUCCAAUGACUGGACAGACACUAUUCACCAGACCUGAUAUUGGUAGUAAUAGACAGGCGUUUUUAAGUCUUGACACGCUUCCAGUUUAAUUUUCACACCCUUCAGAGUUAUCAGCUUGACACAUGGUAGGCGAUGUUUUCUCUCUGCCUAACUUAUCAACUGUUCAUUUCAAGUGAAAAUGCACCAAAACAUGUGAGAAGCAACACCCAACCUGCUUUCCACUCAAAUCUUGUGUUGAAGCGAAAAAAAAGUAGUUUCUGAGCGUCAGUUCCCUGAUAAUGGCGACUUGACGUAGAAUAAAUUCAUUUGUGUUUUCUUGAGUCACUGCCAGUGUAAACUACAUGUAUGCAAAAGUAAACAGAGUCCGACUUCCCCUCGAAGACCCUCAAAGUUAAUCCAACUAAUGACAUCAGUAGCUGUCCACAAACCCAGGAGUGAUUUAAAUAAUAGCCAAACAAAUUUCACUAUAACGUAUGCUUCUUGUGUUCUUCUUCUGUGGCCACACUCGAUGUUACACUGCGUCCAUCUGCUGCUGCGUGUUGCACCUGGCGCACGGGGAGCCGCAUCUUUCCUCAACGACCGCCGUCCAUUGCCUACCUUGUGUCGAGCCAGUUAGUGGUUUUCCUAGUAGUAGAACAGUAAUUAACUGAGCUUUGCGGUGGCCCAUGUUUCUGUCGUCUUGCGACGAUAGCUCUGUAGUCUUACAUUCGCAUUCAUCAUUUCACACUACAUAUUAGUCGCACUCUCCAUUAUUGUUGUAAGUCAGCAUUUAUAAGUGUGUACCACAAAUUGCAUGCAGUCUUGGUAUUCUUAGUAUUUGUGCUCUUUGUAGGUUGUUAGACUCUAUGCAGGAGGUGGCAGCUCAUGGUAAGUCAUUCUGGGAAGAUGUGCAGCAGCCUGUGAAGAAGAGGUAUGUAUUGUACAACUCUCACCAAUGCAAUAACCUGUCUCCUGCCUCCCUCUUGUGGUGUUGCAUGCAUACUGCAUUAUGUUAAAAAAAAAAAGCAGUCUGGGAGCCUUGAACAUUUUUAAAGGAAGCUUUUCAAUACUUGGAGGAAAAAAGAAAGACACUUCUUUACGUUUUAAUACAUUAUCCAUGUUUUUUUUUUAAAUUAGUAAAGCACAUACUUGAGGUUGAUGUACUUUUUUUUUAAUUAGUUGGUAAAUGUGGAACAGUAGCAUCCAUUAUAUUAGAUUCACUGGGGUCAAAUAAUACAUUUGCUCUCAAGCAUCUGAGAAAGGGAAAAAGGUGUGAAUUCGUUCAGUAAAUUAUAGUUGUGGGAAUCUAGUUGGUGCUUAUUUUUAAUUGGGUUAUAUUAUAAAAUGUGGUAAUGCAACAUAGGUAUGAGUUAACGGAGAAAUUCUGAAAAUGUUUGCUUCAUCAUUGACCGCUGACCGUCUCUUUGUCUACAGGCUCGUCUCCACUCCGACAACAGUAACGGGUCUCGAGUGAGUUCCCAGGAGUUUGUCGUCUCUGAGUGUUAUAAGAUGGAAUCAGGCGGUCCAGUGUUAAAAGGAAGAGCAUGUGGUCCUUCAGUGAAAGUUGGCUCCAUUGUUUGGUGAGCUGGAGGGAAAGAUCCAAUCCUUGGAAAACCUGCGUGGUUGCAUUGUUGUUCUCUCCAGCUGAUGACUCCAAAAGAGGAGAUAUGGAUUAAACCAUAUAGUAUAACAGUUGUGGCUGGAUUUUGAUACAGUCCAUAUGUCCUGAAAUGUGUUCUUGAAACCAUUACAUGAGCUUUUAUACCACUGUUAAACAUUCUGUUUUGCUAUUAUUUUUAUAUCCAUGCCUAUAAAGUACUAUUGAAGAACCUACACCUAUUUUAUACAGAUAUACUGUAGGCUAAUGUAUAUAGGCAUUUGCAUACAAUAUUUGCACUACUUUAUUGUCAAUAAACAAUUUUAUAAAUUUUCUUUUUUUAAUAUGGAUGUGUACUUUUUACACUGUCUUUCCAGUAUGACAAGUUUAAACGAUAAACUAACGUCAAUAAAGACCUUUUCCUCAAUGUC